AUGGAUCGUGUGCUCUUCCUCCUCCUCAUAGCAGCCGCUUCACUGGUCGCCAUCUCCGGCGAGGUGAUCGUCGUCGACAGUCUCGACAAUCCGAUCAGGCAAGUCGUCCGGGAGGAGAACGAUGAACAGCUCCUCAACGCAGAGCUCCACUUCUCUCUGUUCAAAUCCAAGUACGAGAAGACUUACGCGACUCAGGAGGAGCAAGAUCAUCGCUUCCGCGUCUUCAAGGCCAACCUAAGGCGAGCUAGGCGUCACCAGCUUCUGGAUCCGUCGGCCGUCCACGGCGUCACGCAGUUCUCAGAUCUUACUCCCAAGGAAUUCCGCCGCAACUAUCUAGGCCUGAAAAAGCGGUUCCGUCUUCCCACCGACACUCAGACGGCGCCGAUCCUUCCGACUACCGACCUCCCGACGGAAUUCGAUUGGCGUGAACAAGGCGCCGUCACUCCCGUUAAAAAUCAGGGAAUGUGCGGUUCAUGCUGGUCGUUUAGCGCAGCAGGAGCUCUUGAAGGAGCACAUUUUCUGGCGACUAAGGAGCUUGUUAGCCUCAGCGAACAGCAGCUCGUAGAUUGCGACCAUGAGUGUGAUCCGGAAGAAGCCAAUUCAUGUGACGCUGGUUGCGGUGGAGGACUAAUGAACAACGCUUUUGAGUACACUCUCAAAGCUGGUGGGCUUAUGAAGGAAGAAGACUAUCCUUACACAGGACGUGACCAUUCCACCUGCAAGUUCGACAAGAGCAAGAUCGCUGCGAGUGUCUCUAACUUCAGCGUUGUCUCUUCGGAUGAAGACCAAAUCGCUGCAAAUCUAGUCGAGCACGGUCCUCUAGCUAUUGCUAUCAACGCAUUGUGGAUGCAAACAUACAUAGGAGGAGUGUCGUGCCCGUACGUAUGUUCAAAGAGCCAAGACCACGGAGUGCUCUUGGUUGGGUUUGGAUCAUCGGGUUAUGCACCAAUCCGUCUCAAGGAGAAGCCUUAUUGGAUCAUAAAGAACUCAUGGGGAAAAAUGUGGGGUGAGCACGGUUACUACAAAAUCUGCAGAGGACGUCACAACAUUUGUGGUAUGGACACAAUGGUAUCUACUGUUGCUGCUGUUCACACUACAACUCAGUAG